AUGGAUAGCUAUUCAGACUUCAAUGCGAAGAACCUCUCGUCUUCAGCUAAUAUGUCUGUUUCUUUGCCUGGACAAGUUGGACUCAAUGCCACCGGCGGCCUUCCUUCUAUGUCGAUAAGCAGGCUUUUCCCAGCCCUGUUAGAAUGCUUUGGAAUAAUUCUUUGUGGCUAUAUAGCUGGAAGAGCCAACAUUAUCACUUCAACUCAGGCCAAAGGACUGGGAAAUUUUGUGUCCCGUUUUGCACUUCCAGCUCUACUCUUCAAAAACAUGGUAGUACUUCACUUUUCCAAUGUGAAUUGGUCCUUCCUGUACAGUAUUUUAGUUGCCAAAGCUGCUGUGUUUUUUUUAGUCUGCGUUUUAACGUUGUUGGUAGCCAGUCCUGAGAAUCGAUUUAGCAAAGCGGGUUUGUUCCCUAUUUUUGCUACACAAAGCAAUGACUUUGCACUGGGAUAUCCAAUAGUUGAAGCUUUAUAUCAAACCACUUACCCUGAAUAUCUCCAGUACAUUUACCUAGUGGCUCCAAUAUCUCUUAUGAUGCUAAACCCUCUGGGGUUUAUCUUCUGUGAAAUCCAGAAGUGGAGGGAUAAUCGCACUGUGUCACACAGCAAAAUCAAAAUAGUGGGCCUAGCACUCCUUCGAGUUUUGCAGAACCCAAUUGUAUUCAUGGUCUUCAUAGGAAUUGCCUCAAACUUUAUUCUUGGCCAGAAAAUUCCUGAAUACCUUGAGAACUUCCUUGAUGGACUGGGCAGUUCAUUUUCUGGCUCUGCACUUUUUUACCUUGGACUAACAAUGGUGGGACAAACAAAAAAACUGACAAAGGGUAUGUUUGUUGCACUGAUCCUUCUCAUCACAGCUAAACUACUUAUGAUGCCUUUUCUCUGUAGAGAAAUGGUGGAACUCUUGGACAAGAGCGACAACAUAGUCAACCACACCAGUUUAUCAAACUAUGCAUUUCUUUAUGGAGUUUUUCCAGCAGCACCUGGUGUCGCAAUAUUUGCGAGUCAAUUUAAUAUGGAAGUAGGAAUUAUUACCUCAGGCAUGGUGAUAAGCACUUUUGUGUCUGCACCUAUUAUGUAUGUUUCUGCGUGGCUGUUGACCAUUCCUUCAAUGGACCCCAACCCACUGGCAUCUGCACUCCAAAACGUUAGCUUUGACAUCAGUAUUGUCAGCCUCAUUUCUCUGAUUUGGUCUCUUAUUGUUGUUCUACUGAGUAAGAAAUACAAACAGCUUCCACAUAUGAUUACAACAAAUCUGCUUGUUGCUCAGUUUAUUGCUUGCAUUGGAAUGGUGGCGUGGAAUUUCAUCAUUAAAGAGAAAGACAUCACUCUGCAGAUCCUUGUAUUUAUAUUCCUCUACAGUGCGCUUUAUAGCACGUACCUGUGGACAGGUUUUCUAUCUUUCUCUUUGUUUCUGUUGAGGAAGAGAGAAACAGUCAAGAUUCCCAUUGGGUUUAUUAUCAUCGCUGGAUGGGGAGUUCCAACACUUCUGGUGGGAAUCUUACUAAUUGUUGGUGAAUGUAACAACACUAGUAUUGACUCUGCCUUUUUCUAUGGAAAAUAUCAGAUAAUUACCACAGCAGUGAUCCUGUUCAUCAGUAUAUUGAUGUCAGGUAUCUCACUUAUGUGCAUGAACAGAAGUAGACAAGAGUCAAGCUAUGAGGUGCUGAACCCGUAUUCACCACGUAGCCAAGUGGAGGAGGUUGAAGUGGGAGGGAGUGAGAGGAAUCAAGUUUCAGCCACCAUGCCUCAGCCUUCUCCAGGGUCUUCUGCACAACCUUCUCCAGGAUCUUCUGCAGAAAGAGGUUGCUGUUCUUGUCAAACAACAAAUGGGGAAUUAUCCUGUGCUAGAGAGAGCAAUGCAGUGUCAAAUGCUGUUGAAUGCAAGGUUCCUCCAAUUGAGACAGCUGAUCAGUGUGUGAGUCGCUGCAGUGCUCAGACCUGCGUAUUGGCUCAGGAGGAGCAGCUUCUGCAGACCGGAGACAAACAGCUGGCCAGACACGUGCUGCUGUGCUUGCUUCUUAUAGUUGGCCUGUUUGCUAAUCUUUCCAGCUGUUUGUGGUGGCUGUUCAACCAAGAGCCUGGAAGGCUCUACGUGGAGUUGCAGUUCUUCUGUGCUGUGUUUAAUUUUGGUCAGGGCUUCAUUUGCUUUGGCAUUUUUGGCUUAGAUAAGCAUUUAAUCAUUCUACCAUUCAAGCGAAGACUUGAAUUUUUCUGGGGAGGAAGAGAAGCAGCAGGGCACACAGAUCCCUCUGUACCCGAGGAAAUCAGGAUGACCUGUCAACAGUUCGUUCGUUAUCACAGAGACCACUGUGUCAAAAGUAUUGUCAGAGGCAGAAGGUGUGGUGCAAAGAUCUCCACUGGCAUCUUCUUUGGCUGUGACCUGGUGAACUGGCUCAUGCAAGUGGGCCUUGCCUCUGACCGCGGUGAAGCUGUGAUGUAUGGAGACAGACUGAUGAAAGGAGGUGUCGUCCAGCACAUUACGAAUGAAUUUGAAUUUCGGGAUGAAUAUUUGUAUUACCGCUUUAUUCCUAAGAGAUCAGUUGCAGCUGAGAGCCAUUGACCUGAACGUGUAGGCAGAGGACAGGCAGUGAGGACUGAGUGUGACCACGUCCUCUGCCUUCACCCCUGAAGCUGGAAGCAUUUCUUUCUCAGGGCUCUCAGAGAAUUGUGUUACUCUCUCUUGUAAAGUUGAGGUACAUAGUUCUACUUGUGUCUAUUCUGAAGGAAAUAAUGG